AUCUCCCUCACUCCUUCUCCAUUCAUCAAUACACACGAGGAGAUAUGAUGCAAGAGAGAGAGUGAGAGUUGAGGAAGAGUGAGAUCAGAGCUAGGGUUUCAUAUCUAUAUAUAUACAUAUCUUCUCUUGAGUGUUCGCGUGUGUUUCAGCUAUCUAGGGUUUUGCUUUGUGUAGACGACCCAUUUCUCAGCUUGAUCUAGCUCGUUUUUCAUUUCUGCUUUUUUUCUGUUGAUGCUUUCCGGUCGAUCUUGCCUGCUGUGGUUUUUGUUUGGGGUUUUAUUGGUGUCUGAUACCCUCAUAACGUACCAGGGAAAACGUUCAGAAAGGGUGUAACAAGAUGGUAAGAGGCAUGGAAAACGUGGGAGACGACAGUGAGCUUGAAAGUACUGCUUCGGGUGCAAGGACUGGUUAUUAUGAUGCUGAGUUCGAUUUCAGAGAAACGGAAUGUUCUUCCACGGAACUUGAUUCUUCCUCAAGUACAGAUGAUGAAGACGAUGAUGAUGACGAUAGUUCGGGAUUUAGUUCCACUGAUGAAGAGUCCACGAUGGAUAGUAGUUCAGUGAGUGAUGACAAUAUGGAUUCAGAGCAGGGAUCCAUCUCACAAGACCUUCCACAUCCUCCUCAGCAUUCUCCAAAUCGAGUUUCGAAUUUCGAGUCCUACGCACCCAGUGAUGAUGAGGACAACGAAGUUUAUCAUCGAGCCAGUGAUCUUCUUAUGUCAGUCAUAGUGUGUGCGGAUGUUAAUCAUGGAAAAAUCAUUGAUCAUGCUAUUGCCGCAAUGGACGAAUUUAUUACUAGGGCUGCUGAGUGGGAAUAUUCUUUAGACAAGAGGCCCCAAGUAGAUAGAAAUUCCUGGAUCUUGCAAGGUGAAUGCUCACAGGAAUUUAGGCCUCUUAAGGCCGCGUUAGAGGAGAUCACGAAAAUGGUUGAGGUGGGAGAACCUCGAUCGUUGCCGAGUUUGGAUAAUUCUACAGAUUACAUUGGUGAAACUGAAUAUAAUUUAACGGAUACAGUGUCAUCUACGCAAAUUCUACAAGACCCCUUUCAAACUGAGUUCUCGCAAGAAACUGCAAUUGUCCCUAUCAAUCCAAUCGCCUUGGUUGAAAUACUCACGAAUUCGAACCAAUGGUCUUUCGUGUUUGCUGAUAUUGUGUCGAGAGCCGUGACACUGGGAGUUCUUUCAAGGGGAGCAGCUGGGAAUAAUCUAAAUGGAGCAAUCCAAGUGAUGAUGGCAGAGUUUCAUGUCCCUUCACCACUUGUUCCAACUCGCGAGUGUCACUUUGUACGUUAUAGUAAACAAUUGAACUAUGUGACAUGGGCAGUGGCUGAUGUGUCAUUGGAAAGUCUAUUUCCCUCUCCGGUGGUGCAAUAUCGAAGAAAGCCAUCGGGUUGUUUAAUUCAAGCAAUGCAAAAUGGAUGCUCAAAGAUUAUUUGGAUCGAGCACGGAGAAGCAGAUAACACUUAUGUUCCCCUUAUGUUUAGGCCACUAGUCAGCUCUGGUUUUGCAUUUUGCGCAAGGCGUUGGGUUGCAAGUUUAGUUCGACAAUGUGAACAUCUUGAGGCUGUAGUCGUGGAUUCCGAUACUCGUUUUCAUCAUGGCGGAUCAAUACCUCAUUUGGGGAGGAAAAGCCUGCUGAAACUGGGUGAGAGAAUGAUAAGAACUUUCUGUGUUAACAUUAGUGCUGCUAGAAAAAAUCAAUGGUUGUUGAUGCAUGUACCUGGCACUGAAAAUAUAAGGAUUAAUAUAAAGAAAAACACAAGUGACCCUGGAAGACCUCUUGGAGUUGCAUUAAUUAUUGUAACUUCAUUCUCGCUACCAGCCCCACCGAGAACGGUUUUCAAUUUUCUUCAUGACGCCAGGUUCCGGACGGAGUGGGACAUACUCUUGUUCGGCCAUUGUGUUCGAGAGGUAAUGAAUAUCCACACGGGUAGUGAUCCAGGAACUCACCUUUCAGUACAAGAAGAUAAUGCUGGUAAUGGGCGGACCCCUAUGUUAUAUCUGCAAGAAGCUUUUAUAGACAUGACUGGGUCUUACAUAGUCUAUGCGCCCGUUGAAAUGUUUUCUAUGGCUACGAUCCUAAAUGGAGGGAGCUCAGACUCUAUGCCUAUCUUGCCUUCUGGGUUUGCUGUCCUCCCGGAUAGGCCAAACCUCAAUGGAGAAAAUAGUCAAGGAAGUAUUUUGACUGUUGCUUUUGAUGUUUUGGAUGAGGCAUCAACGGAGGAUCAUAUUCCUUCUCGAUCAGUAGAAAUAAUAUACAAUCUAAUCUUUAAAACUGUCCAUUUGAUCAAAAGCACCUUGGUCUCAGAAGACCAACAAAAUGAAUGAGAAGAGGCAAGGAUGGUCUGCAAGCUUGGACUAAUUAAAUAUUGUCAUGGGAUUAACGGGUAUGGCAUGGAUAAGACUAGAAGACUACCUCUUGCUAGCUUUAGAUUUUGUGAUAAUUGGAUACUUAUGUUGAAGAUGUAGGCUUAUUUAAGAUUGUUUGCUAUUAGUAGGCCAAGAUGAAAGUGGUGGAGAGGGCCGAACUUGAGCAUGAAUAAUAUGAAGGUUGCUAGCCAUCGUACGUCAUCAUAAUGGGUUGGUAUGUCUGUAAAACAAUAGUCAUGUAAAAAAGAAAAGAAUGUAUCUAAUAAGCAAAGAGAUUGUAGUUGUAUCAAUAUGUAUGACUAUGUUUGUAAUGCUAAACUCAUCUUUCAAA